GGAUCAUCGUCGUCGUCUGGAGCAGAGUGUUUGGCACGGUGCGCAACCGUACGGCGCUGGAUGAGCGCGUGUGUAAGGUGCGGCAGGAGACGUGGACAAUGCACAGCGCCGUGCAGAGUGGAUGGAGCGAUCGCCGUGGUCCUCCAGGUGGCCCGGGAUUCGGCCAGAUUUGUGUGGCGAUGGUUGCCAGCAGCCAUGAAGUGCAGGAAAACCACCCCUGCGUGGAUUCGGAUGCGCCAUGUGUGCAGCGCAAGCGUGUCCAAAUUGGCAUUCAUAGCCAACCAGCAGCCGUGAUGACUCUCGUCCGCGGAGCCCUUCUGGAGGCCGGAUGCCGUGGUGACGCCCAUGAGAAAGGAUCAGAGGAGCAACUAGGGGUGUCGCCCGGUGUCGCAAGCGUGUUUGUACACGCUUCAGGUACAACGACAAUGUCCACCACAGGAACAUUGGACUUGCUGCGGCCGGAUUGCGGCGUCCCAGUGAGCGGCGCCUUGCUGCACCAAAGUGCGGAGUCACUGUGGCGGUGUGCGCAAUGUGCCGGCCGGCAUCAUCGUCGUUGUUGUGGUCAUCGUCAUCUGAGAUGGAUUGGACAUCGGUGAUGAUUUGGACGUCGUCGUCGUCGUCAUCUGAGAUGAUUUGGACGUCGUCGUCGUCGACCACCCGUUCAAGGCGCCGUCGGACUUGCUCCAGUCCGUGGUCCAGAAGUGCCUCUUGCGGAUUGCGUCGAUGGCUGUCGUCCAGGGUGCGUGAGCUGCUGCUUGCAGCCCGUGUCUGGCAACGAUGAUGUGACGUCUGCCGGUUGCUGCUCGCCAGAA